UAUAAUAUAAAUAUAUGAUCUAUUUAUUUCUUUAACAGAUUAAUUUUUUGUAUUUGUGUAGUAAAUCAAUUAUGCUAAUGUUUGAAAAUUUUAGGUUACUGGAGUUUUCCCUCUUUUAAUAACUUACUAAUGAUAAUAUUAAUUUUGAACAGGACAGCCAAAUUCGAUUUUACAAAAAUAAUAAAUUAAUAAAAUAUAUAGUACUAUAUCUAUUAAUUUUUAAAAUUAAGAUUUUUUAUUUAUAACCUUUUGUCCAGAUUAAAUAUGUUGUAAAAAGAUGUCCAUUCGAUGACUAAAGAAAAGUUGGCAACACUAGUGAUACUCCAAUGUCAGUCAUAUGAUAGAUAAUGCUCCGAUAAGAAAUCAAACAAGCAGCUAAAAGUUAUAGCGUCGUUGGGUCAACCGGGAUAUUUAGGUGUAUCGUCGUCAAGAAGUUUGAAUUGCACUCGCAAAAUGGACGCCGAUCCCAAAAGCACAGUCCUUGUGACUGGUUUUGGCCCUUUCAACAUGCACGCAGUGAACGCCAGUUGGGAGGCGGUAAAGGAAUUACAAAAAUUAUGGACAAAUUCUGUGGAGUUUGCUGAUGUUGAACUGGUCACGGAAGAGAUUCCAGUCUCGUACGAUUAUGUGGCCGAUUAUAUCCCUCAGCUCUGGAAGAAAUAUAAUCCUGCAAUUGUUCUACAUGUGGGUGUAUCGCACCUGGCUGAUUCUUUAACAAUAGAGCGUCAUGCUUGCAGUAAUGGCUAUGAUAGACUUGACAUAUGUAACAAAUGUCCUAAUGAAAUAAAUGUCAAGUGUAACGUCUUGGAAACUCAAAUAAAUGUUGAAGAACUUUGCAACAAUGUAAACAAGAACUCCGAGAGAACUGGAUGCAAAGCUCGCCCCUCGCAUAAUGCUGGCAGAUAUCUGUGCGAAUAUAUAUAUUAUCAGUCUCUCUCCAUUGAGCCAACAAAAACUCUGUUUGUGCAUGUUCCAGAUUUUGACAAGUACCCCAGUGUACAAACUGCGAAUGGUUUAUAUGAUAUUUUAUGUUACUUGUUAAGAAAUUUGAAAUCUAGUUGAUAGUCUUAACUAUUAGGCUAACAUUAAUUAUUAAUAAGCAACUAUGGUAAAAUUUUAUAAGAAUUAAUGUGCUCAAAGUCUAUAUACUUUAUAUGAGACGUAUAAAUGACUAGUAUUUAUAUUAAUUUCUUGAUAUGAAUUUUAAUCGCUAAUUCUAAACAUUAUGUCUGAAUUGUCUUUAUGUAUUCUUGCAUGUUAUUUUUCUUAAAGAGCAAGCAUGGCGUAAUGAAUAGUACACUAGUCUAUUAUGCUGAAAGGCUUGAUCCUAGGCAGAAUCAGCCUUCAAUGGUAUUUUAUGCUUCAAAAUCUCUAUUUUAACAUUAAACUGUAAGUUUUAGAUAAAUACUAUCUACUAAUAUUAAAGCAGGAUAUAGACAUCCCUACUAAAAAUAAUUCUGAUAUAAUGAUGUAGACUAAAACUGUCUACUUGUUAUAAAUUGUUAUACUUAUUAUAAAUUUUCGAAUAUGUUAUAUUUAUUACUAUCUUAAUUUUUAUAUUUUAAUCCUUUUUGUUAAUAGAGCAAUAGUAUAAUACAAAAAGUUGAUUUAUCAUAUCAUAGAAGAGAAAGUUAAAGAAAAUAACUUUCAACUUUGGCUGUGUGUAUACACAUAAUAUAUAAUUUUUUUAUACAUAUAUAAAAUAAAUAUAGAUAUAUAUAGAUCAUGAGCACAUUAAUUAUAAAGUUUUAUCCACUUCUGACUAUAUACUAUACCCUUACUGUAUACUUCUAUUUUAUACUCCCAAUUAUAUAUAUAAUUGGAAAUAUAAAAUAGAGGUAUAUAAUAUAAAUGUAAUGUAAUAUAUGUAAAAUUAUGAGAUAUGG